UUGGCAUCCCUGCUGAAAUGAGACAAAGUCUGUUUGUCAAGUGCCUCUCACAUACAACGUAAAUAAAAAUAUAAAAUUCGCCAUAUUUCAUCGUAAAUAUUGAGAAAAUUGAAUUUGGUACAUUAUGGCCAGUUCAUCCAGAGAUACGAAUAAAGUAUGCUGUUAUGCCCAUCCGGAUGCACCUCUUAUAGAGGAUUACAGAGCAGGCGAUAUGAUUUGUUCCGAAUGUGGCCUUGUUGUGGGAGAUCGUGUCAUUGAUGUAGGCUCCGAAUGGAGAACAUUCAGCAAUGAAAAAAGUGGCGUUGAUCCCAGUCGUGUUGGUGGUCCGGAAAAUCCAUUGUUAAGUGGUGGUGAUUUGUCCACAAUCAUCGGUCCUGGCACUGGAUCGGCAUCAUUCGAUGCAUUUGGAUCACCAAAAUAUCAAAAUAGACGUACUAUGAGCAGCUCUGAUCGUUCACUUAUACUAGCAUUUAAGAUCCAGUUGCCAAAGUUUGGUGGAGCUUAUGCUGAUUGGCCGAAUUUCUUUUCACUGUUCUCAACAAUUGUCGACAGCAGCGCAGAGCUAAGUGACCUGGAAAAAUUCCAUCAUCUGCGCUCAAGCUUAACAGGUGCCGCCUUGGACACAAUUUCAUCGUUGGAGCUAAACGAAAGAAAUUAUAUGGAAGCGACCCAUAUAAAGGCCAUUUUUUCGCUGAAAGCUGUGGAAGUUUCCCCAGCCAUUGGUUUGCGCCAGCUUAGUGACAAAUUUAAUUCGCACACUGCGAGCCAUGCAGACGAUUGCCAGUAG